CUAACUUCGUGGCACUUCAAGUGACAAAACUCCCUGACAUUUCCUUAUAAGGAAAACAUAACCGCUACAUUGCAGGAAAUAAAUUUGAGGAGAUAAAGCAGAUAUUUGCAUUUGAACAUUGAAUUUACUGUUGCCCAAGUCCCAAGGUUAAGUUGAUUGAUUAACCGCUUUAUUUAGAAAGGAUAUUUGUGGUCCAGAAGUCAUGUCCUACGCUUGUAAAAGUAUUUACGCUACUCUUCCCAAAACUCAAAGAGGUCAACCACUUGUUUUGGGUGGAGAUCCUAAGGGGAAAAAUUUCCUGUACACAAACGGAAAUUCCGUUAUUAUAAGGAAUAUUGCUAAUCCUGCCAUUGCUGACGUUUACACUGAACAUUCUUGCCCCGUAAAUGUUGCAAAGUAUUCACCCAGUGGAUUUUACAUUGCAUCUGGAGACCAAUCUGGCAAAGUCCGUAUUUGGGACACGGUCAACAAGGAACAUAUUUUGAAAAAUGAGUUCCAUCCAUUCGGCGGUCCUAUUAAGGACAUUGCUUGGUCGCCUGAUAACCAACGAAUGGUGGUAGUGGGCGAAGGGCGCGAAAGGUUUGGACAUGUUUUCAUGUCGGAAACUGGAACCUCAGUGGGCGAAAUUUCAGGACAGUCGAAACCAAUUAAUUCGUGCGACUUUCGCCCAACUAGACCUUUCAGGAUUGUCACUGGCAGUGAAGAUAAUACUAUUGCUGUAUUUGAAGGACCACCAUUCAAAUUCAAGAUGACGAAACAAGACCAUUCGCGUUUUGUUCAAGCCGUACGUUACUCGCCAUCUGGAAAUCUUUUCGCUUCGGCCGGUUUCGAUGGUAAAGUUUUCCUUUACGAUGGAGCCUCCUCAGAUUUGGUGGGCGAGGUUGGAAGCCCCGUACAUGCUGGAGGAGUUUAUGGAGUGGCUUGGAGUCCAGAUGGAAAACAACUUCUAACUACCAGCGGCGAUAAAACAGCCAAACUCUGGGACGUGGAAUCCCGAGAAGUUGUAUCGGAAUUUAAACUAGGAAGUACUGUCGAAGAUCAACAGGUAUCCUGCUUAUGGCAAAAUGAAUAUCUUCUGUCGGUGUCACUUAGUGGGUUUAUCAACUAUUUGGACGUGAACAAUCCUGAGAAACCACUAAGAAUAGUUAAAGGCCACAAUAAACCCAUUACUGUUCUCACGCUGAGUGACGACAGAAACACCAUAUUUACUGGAUCUCAUGAUGGUAUUGUUACUAAGUGGAAUACAGAAACAGGAGAAAACGAAAAGAUUGAUGGGGCUGGGCAUGGAAACCAAAUAAACACCAUGCGGGUCCACGAUGGUACUCUUUACACAGUGGGAAUUGAUGACAGUUUGAAGCAGGUCGAUAUCGAAGGAAAUGCUUAUAGACCUCAAGAUUUAAAAUUGAGUUCCCAGCCCAGAGGUAUGGAUAUUUUGAAGGAGCAAAACAUAGUUGUAGUUGCCAGUAUAAAUGAAAUUACUGUUGCGAAAGACAAUAGAAAACUUAGUACUCUGAAAGUCAGCUACGAGCCAACGAGCGUGAGCUGUUCACUUCGAGGACAUAUUGCUAUUGGGGGAUCUGUGGACAACAAGGUCCAUAUUUAUGAACUGAACGGGGAUAAUUUAAACCUCUUGCGGGAGUUGGAUCAUUUGGGCCCAGUCACCGACGUUGCAUAUUCUCCAGAUGACAAGUAUUUGGUCGCUUGUGAUGCCAACAGGAAAGUUAUUAUGUACGAAAUUGAAGAAUACAAGCCAGCAACAAAGCAAGAAUGGGGAUUCCAUAAUGCUAGAGUAAACUGUGUUGCUUGGUCUCCCGAUUCCUUGCUGGUUGCAAGUGGAUCACUGGAUACGAGUAUCAUCAUUUGGUCUGUGGAAAAACCUGCCAAACAUAUUAUUAUUAAAAACGCCCACGCUCAAAGUCAAGUUACCAAAUUAUCUUGGGUGGAUAAUACAACUGUCGUUUCCGUGGGACAGGAUUGUAACACCAAACUAUGGACUAUAACGCCAUUCUAAUAUGCUCUAUGUUUAUACAAAAUUUGUAAUUCUGGUAAUUUCAAAUUUAAAUUAUUUUCGUACUUAGUCGCCUUUGCAUUUAACGCCCAUGUGAUUUUUGUAUGUUUCUACUAAUUCUUGUUGCAUAUUUUAUUUAUAUUUAUUUAUCAUCCGAUUUCAGUAGUUAAAUACACAACGGCAUGCUUUGAGCGCUCUGUAGUAUUUUUUUGUAUUAUUUAUAUAUCUGGCAUAACUUCGUUAUAACAUGCAUCAACAACUUUGAGAAAUGACUGCUCAUAUUCCUACUAGUCAUAAAUUUUGCUGUUAAUGCUCUUUCUGCUCAGUUCUUCAAGUCGUCUAAGGUUAUGCAGAUACAAUUAAGGCCUAUUUUAUCUAACAAUGUAUUAUGAUGAGGGUGACAUAUAUUUAAUCGCGUUUGUAUGGUUUGUGGAUUGUUUAUCGAUGAUGCAACAUAGAGCUUUAAUCAUUUAUGUAUGACAAAGUAUUACUUUAUUUGUGAAAUAUAAAAAUAAUAUACUUUUAAA